GACGGAAGCACGCCGGGGGUGACCUCACCCUCCAACAUGGCGGCGGCGGUAGAUUAGGGCCGCGGGUCGGAGCAGCGACCGCCGCUGGGGGACCCUGUCGGAAACAACUGCCGCCGCCGCCGCCGCGUCUUUCAUCUCUUCUGGGGCAGGGGCCAGGUUUUACACAUCUGUAAGUAGACCUUUUUGGAGCUCUGCAAGCCAACUCAAUGGCGUCCUCUACUACUGUGCCUCUAGGAUUUCACUAUGAAACAAAGUAUGUUGUUCUCUGCUACUUGGGACUCCUCUCUCAGGACAAGCUGCAAGAGCAACAUCUUUCCUCACCCCAAGGAGCCCAACAAGAUGUAGCUUCACAAUCUCUGGAUCAAGAAAUUUUAUUAAAAGUUAAAACUGAAAUUGAAGAAGAGCUAAAAUCCCUGGACAAAGAAAUUUCUGAAGCCUUUACCAGCACAGGCUUUGACCGUCAUACUUCUCCUGUAUUCAGCCCUGCUAACCCAGAAAGCUCAGUAGAAGACUGCUUGGCUCAGCUUGGAGAGAAAGUGUCACAGGACCUGAAAGAGCCUCUACAGAAGGCGUUGCAAAUGCUCCUCAGCCAGCCAGUGACAUAUCAGGCAUAUCGGGAAUGUACACUGGAGACCACAGUUCAUGCCAGCGGCUGGAAUAAGAUUUUGGUGCCUCUGAUUUUGCUACGACAAAUGCUUUUGGAAUUGACAAGACGUGGUCAAGAACCUUUGAGUACAUUGCUGCAGUUUGGCGUGACAUACCUGGAGGACUAUGCAGCAGAGUACAUCAUUCAGCAAGGUGGCUGGGGCACUGUCUUUAAUCUUGAGUCAGAGGAGGAGGAAUACCCUGGAAUUGUUGCAGAAGACAGCAAUGACAUUUAUAUCCUGCCCAGUGACAACUCUGGACAAGUCAGUCCUCCAGAGUCUCCAACUGUGACAACUUCUUGGCAGUCAGAGAGUUUACCUGUUUCACUGUCAGCCAGCCAGAGUUGGCACACAGAAAGCCUACCAGUGUCCCUAGGUCCUGAGUCCUGGCAGCAGAUCGCAGUGGAUCCUGAAGAAGUCAAAAGCUUAGAUAGCAAUGGAGCUGGAGAGAAGAGUGAGAACAACUCUUCUAAUUCUGACAUUGUGCAUGUGGAGAAAGAAGAAAUACCUGAGGGUAUGGAAGAGGCUGCUGUGGCAUCUGUGGUCUUGCCAACCAGGGAGCUGCAAGAGGUAUUCCAUGAAGCCCCAGCUCCCUUGCUUCCACAUAUCACUGCCCCUUCCUUGCUGGAGAUGAGGGAGCCUGACACAGAGAUGACUGCGGUUGAGAAAGUCAGCCCUGCUACCUCUCUGUGCGUAGAACUUGAUGAAGAAGAGGGGAAGGCAGCGACAGUUGAACCUAGUGAACUGGGGGAGCAGGUGGUCCCUGCACUGGAACCCAUGAAAACACUGCUGAGUGAAGAGGAGAGAAAUGUCAGGAAGGAGAGUCUUACAGAAGUGCUCUCCCCUGCUGGAGAAGAGAAGGCCAUCCCAUUGUCUGAGAGCAAGUCUAUACUGCUGUUUGGAGGGGCUGCCGCUGUUGCCAUCCUGGCAGUGGCAGUUGGGAUAGCACUGGCCCUGAGAAAGAAAUAGCAGAUUUUUUAGAAGAGAAA